ACCACCUUAAUAAACCUUUUAUAAAAGUGUUCAAGUGCUUGUAAAAAGUAAACUAUAAAAAAAAGCUAUGCAAAAGUUUUCUUGGAACUCGACCCCCCUGAGCUCUGAAUUCAUUCAAAAAAGUCCAUUCCCAGUCUUUCAUUAAUCAUUACCCGAGUUUGUUGGCUCAGAGCCACUUUGAUUUGAAUUUAGUCGCAUCUGAUUUUGCUACGUUGACAUUCACUGUCAAAGGAGGGAGUAUCCCUAAGGUCAUAGAAAGUGGCAAUCAACCGAAAAUAACAGUCAUAGUUUAAUUAUGAAUGUGGUAUACGAAAACAGGAUUAAAACUGAUUUAAAAGGACGACUUAACUCUUUUGUAAUCAAUGCAUCUCGAGAUAACGCUUUAGUCCAUGAUAUUUCUCCCUACAACUGCAACGUUCCUUGAUCAGUCACUGCGUGAUGUACGCAGUAAUAUCAAUGUCCUCAGCAAGCGUAUCCCGCCUGUUAAACUGAAGAACGAAUACGGGAUAAAAUGUCUUCUGCUCAAUAAUUUGACCCUGUUUCGUGACCAAACUUUCGCAUAUGGCCAAAGAAAUCUAAAUUCAGCAAUCUAUUCUUCUCAGUAAUAGGUAUGUCGCCGUCAACAGCGAUAAAUAAUCCACCAACUCUCGGUCGAUUAAAUGCACUCAAAAGGUGUGCCCGUUUAUUUAAAUCUCAUGACUCUGUAAUUUUGUUUUUGGAAUGGAUACCUGAUACUUUCGGUAAAUGUUGAUUUGAGUAAUACUGAAGCUGGCACAGAGGUCAACUUUAAAUCCCGAAAGCGGAUAUUAUGGAGGAAUUCACCACGAGUUUUCUUUUCCUCGUCGUGAUCGAGUAUCUUCUGAAUGAAGUAGCCGGCCAGCAGUGUAGUACGAUUGGCAUCGAUGGAAUAGAUGGCUGCCAGUGCACUUUUAUGGAGGCCUGUGACGAAAAAGGAAAACCAAAGUCUACUUGGCCUCAAUACUUGCCAACCGGUGUAGAUCAGUUCGGGCUUGUCCAUGGAGGAUCUCAAAAUUUGGCGUAUCUCUGUGAGGAUAGUGCAGUGGCCAUUCUAUAUGACUGCAACAACCGAAUUCCUCUUUAUGCGGCCACAGUGAUUGAAGGCGCCCAACUAUUAGGACGUGACUCCGGGCGUCGACCACCCGUUGAUUUUAGAAGAAGUAGUCUAAAAUGGCUAUAUCUUAAAUUUCAGCAAGCACUUAAUGAUUACUUUCGAUCAAACAACCGAGAGCUUUGUUAUGCAACAAAGGAAGGGGGAGGCAGGUACCUCGUUGACCGUGACUGGGUUAUUUCAAGUGGACACAGAAGCCGUUUUAGAACUGACGACUGUCCUGGAGGAGCGUUGAUCAAAACAGUUAUACACCGCGGGCACUUGAUUGCCUCACGGUACGGCCGUCGAAAUCAAGCAAAGAAAAGAGCAACUUUUACCUACACAAAUGCCGUCCCUCAGUUUGGAUUGUUUAAUUCGCAUCCUUGGCAAGUCUGUGAGGGCCACCUGGUAAUGUGGGGGACUCAGAAUUGCGCGGAAGUGAAAGGAGCAACGAAUGUUCAAUUAUUCAUUGUGGUUGGCGCUAUGCCAUCAACAAUAUUUCGUCCUUCUACACAUAGAUAUUUUGGAGAAAAAGGAUUCAGCGACUACAUUGACAAUGUUUACCGGGUGAAUGUGCCAAAACAUCUGUGGACUGCUGCAUGCUGUAAGUACAAAGCUAAGCGAGUCUGGAAGUAUCACAGCACGGCCUUCAAGAGGGAAAAUAAUCCGGGAAUGGAACCAUGUGUUAGGUCAGAUAUUAGCAAGUUAUCGAAGUGGCUGCUCGAAUCAGUAAGAGGUCGGACUCGAUUAAAUUUAUUUCCGAGGACUCCCCAGUGCAGUGAGAAGAAUAACUUUAUUCCUCUAUGGUGAUGAAAAAACUUGAAACCGCCAUUUUAGAUAAGUAGGGCGUUAUAAGAGAAUUCUAGUAGUGAACGACGCUUUCGUGAUCAUUACUCACGUAGUAGGAUUUUUAAGUAUUUUAUAGGAAAAUUCAUUACCUGACGAGGGAAUUCCGCGUUAAAUUGCACGCGAAAACCGAUAUCGCACGAAUCGCGAUGCUGAAAAGACGCACAGUCGUAUAAUCGUAUCUCUGCAGAGAAAAUAAGACUGCGUGACAUGCUGUUCGGCAACUGCAACAAAAUCCUGUCAUUAGCUAAUUUCUUUAUUAGCCUGCUGUGCCGGCGUAUUUUGGGCGCACGAGUGCACAUAUUUUAGGCCGCAAUCUUAGAUUUGGUAAC